GGUUAGCCAUUAGCCUCUCGGGUUUCCUUCAUCCUAUAUCUCUAUCGUCCUGCGUCCCUUAGCCCGAACUUUAGUCUGGCCUUUUCCUAUGUUCUUCUCCUUCUCCUCGUGUCUCGGUGGGAUAGCUUUUCGAAUUCGUCCAAAAAGCGCGUCAGAGUUCCGAUUUUGAGCUCCACCUUCUCGAUUUGGAGCCCUUAUUUUGAUUGCAUAAUAGGAUUGAAGGAAGGAGAUCAGAUAGAUCAGCAUGCCGUGGGUGCCAUCAUUCUCAAUUCGUUACAGCAGCAGCAGGAAGUGUGUUCGCCUUGUCGUCUUCUUCCGGGUUAUUGUGUGAAGUCUGCGUAUUUGAUUCAUUGAGAGGGGAUCCUCUGUGCUAGGUUUUCGGUCAUCCUGCGUUUUGAAGAGGUGAGAAUGUACAUUGCAGUUACUCUGAAGAGAUAUCGAACAGUAAAGGAGGUUGGGGAGAUCAUAAUGAAUGUAAGAAUCAUCGUGUACUACCAAUUGAUGCAAGUUUGUCAGGCUGAGUACUUCCGCCAGUUGCUUAAGCCUGUCACGUAGUUUGAAUGUAAGUUGAGCUAAUACACCUGUAGACCUGCCUUGUUACUUUGUCCAUUGAUCUUUCGAAAGACAACUAAAUUGUAGAAGAGAUCAGGAAGAAGACUAGCUCAGCAUACAUACUCUUUUCUAACCACAUGAGCUUGGCAUAAUUCAGUGGCCCAUCUGUUCCAUGUCAUUAGAAGCAUCCAACAGCUUCUUUUGAGACGUGUAAUACGAAAGCUGAAAUAUUUAUACUUAAGAACAAUCAAGUCAGCACUGGUAGUAGCACCUCAGUGUUCCACCAUUUGAUAGGGACGCAUGCAGAGAGACUCAAGAUUCUUCUCUGGAAGGUCCUUCCCUCCUGAUGCAUAUGAAGUGGGUGAUUAUACUCAUAACACCCCUUUGGGUGGUCACUAUGCUUAUGAUGCCCCUGCUGCACCUGCUUUUGGUGCCACCCUAGCAGGGACAAAGCAUGGAUUUGCCAGUCCUCUUAAUGGCUUUGAGGUUCAGCCCUCUGAAACCUGCCCAAAGAACUUCAUCAUAUUUGACCAGACAGAUAACAAAAACCGGAUCAUGUUUCAUCCUGCCUUGGCCCAAAAGUUCAAUUCCCCGAACUUCAACAUUUGUGAUGCCCAUGCAGAAGUCGGUGGCAGAAGUACAGGCAAAAAUGAUAACCAUGAUAAAUACUCAUCAUCUCUGAAAGAGAACACUGAAGAUAUUGAUGCAUUGCUGAGUUCAGAGGAGGAAGAAGAAGAUGAUGAUGUCGUCAGCACUGGACGCACUCCUGGCAGCUGGGAAGGCAGUUCCCUGGAUUCUUCUUGCUCGAUGAGCGGUUUGAAGUCAAACAUUGCUUCUACUCAGAAGUCAGCCUCUAGUGGAGCAAGCAACCACGAGAGGAAGAGGGAGAGGAUGAGAAAGAUGGUGAAAGCUCUCAGAGGAAUCAUACCUGGAGGAGAUCAGUUGGAUACUCCUGCCGUCCUUGAUGAAGCUGUUAAAUAUCUGAAAUCCCUCAAGGUGGAAAUGAAGCAGCUUGGGAUGCAGAAUUUUGAUGACUAUAAGUGGUGAGCAACACAAUGAUCUUGAAACUACCUCUAGAGAAAUAAAAUAGAAGGUAUUCUAUUCUAUUCUAUUAGAAGUUUCUGAUAAGUUAAAUCUUUGUUUUUGUUGCUAUGUCUGUUGCUAUGACUGUAGAAUGAUAAGACAUACUUCAACUAUAAUACUAUGCUGCAUGAUUUGAGCAUGGGAGGGUGUCGGCAUCUUUCUCAUUGUGGGCAAAAGAGUAGCGGCAGAGGAAAAGGGUUUUGCUUUUGCUUUGCCGGUGGGCCUCCAGUGCUGCCCACGGAAUUAGAAUCCUUAAGUUUGGGGUCUGGACUCUCAUGGCUGUGCCUUUCUAUCAUCCCCUUUAUAUGCGGACGGUUUGUGGAGGGUGGCUGUUUUGUGAUGGUAUAAUGUUGUCGAAUCCUUUGUGAUGUCUUUAUCUCCACCUCUUAUCUUCAGCUCCACCUCUAUCUUUAGUGGGCAUCCUAUAUUAUAUUCCAGGCUCAUGUAAUACUUGUCUGCCUUUUGGAAUCUUUAUCUCUCUUUAGUCCUAUUUUAUAUGAUAUCUAUUUAUCUUGGCACUGAGUACUUGAAAUUCUAUUCUAUGUUUAAGAUGACUGAUGUAAUGUAAAAUGUAUAACUUCUAAAUUUCUAAGAGGGACAAGGAUGUUGCUUAUCCAA